UUUGUCUGUUUGAUGGACCGUCUAGUGGGUUUCACUAAGUGCAGUUAAAGUUUUCCUCUUGUCUGCUGCAGGGUUUUGCUCUGACCCUUUUCACAUGUGGUCUUUUCCCACAUUCUCACUGGACUGAUAAAGGAUUUAUGCACAUUCCCUUCAACAGUGGCAGAACUUUGACCCGGAAUUGAAAGAAAAAGGCUGAGAGGAGCCACACUUUGAGAUGCUGUACCAUGAACCGGGCCUGGGCUGCGUUCAAGGCUCACCCGUACAUCAGCAAUGUCCUGGGAUACACCGCACUCUUCGCCUCAGCCGACCUCAUUCAGCAGAGGGUUCUGGGUAAGAAACCUGCAGCAGAGGGCUCGUCUAGCAUCAACUGGCACCAGACAGCCCGGGUGGCGACCGUGGGUUUCUGUUUCCACGCCAACUUUAAUUAUCAUUGGCUCCGAUGGCUGGAGAGGAUGCUGCCAGGAGGGGGGGUGAAGGUGGUGGCGGGGAAAGUGGUGCUGGAUCAGCUUGUUGGAGCUCCUCUGACCAUCAGUGCUUUUUAUAUUGGUUUGAGUUUAUUAGAACGCAGAGAUGACCCACUUGCAGACUGGCGGCAGAAGUUCUGGACAUCUUAUAUGGCUGGAGUGGUGUAUUGGUCAACAAUGCAGGCUGUGAACUUUACCUUUGUCCCCCCUGUGGCUCGGACGGCGUUCCUGGGAGUGAUCGCUCUGACUUUCACCAUCUUUCUGUGUCACCUCAAACAGCAGCACAACCACCAACCUGACUGAGAUGCUUUUAUAAAUUGUUGACAUCAGCUGCAGCUUUUUAAACUACAGAUUGAAUCUUCGGAGCAGUGACUUUACUGUUGGUGCUUAAUGUAUCUUAAAAUAUUUGGAGGAUAAGCCUUCCUGUGUGUGUCAGUACUGUUAUUCAUUUCCUGUGAAUAAAAAAAACCCCAAAAAA